UGCACACAAUUGUUACUUCCAUCUUGCAGGUUGACAUAUCGUUUAGGUCAACGAAAUGGUGAUCUAGCUUGACUCCCUACGAUGAUAUGUCAUGGACGAGUUUCAGUGCUUUUACUAUCGAUAUGCGUGAUUACUUUAACGUCUGAAGCUUUGCCAGACCAACAAUGUUCGCACCUCAAUGCUUUUCCUUGCCGCACCGGCGCAGCGACACGCAGAGGCAGGCGAAUAAGCAUGGAAGACAGGGUUGGAGCUUGGGAUGUGAAGUGUGACCCUAGACAUGGCGAGCUGCGAACUUCGGAUUCACCGGAUUUCAGCAUAUGGGCUGUGUUCGACGGCCACGGCUCCUCCGCCGUCAGCUCCUACCUGCACGCCGCGCUGCACCGCCACCUGCGCAGCCGCCUGUGCGACCUGCCGCUGCUGCCGCCUCCUGGCGCCCGCGACCAAGAACGGGGCCAGGACGACCACCCACCUCCCCUUCCAGAACAUCAGCAGCACCCGCAGCAGCGGCAGCAGCAGGAGGCAGGGCUAAAGGAGGAAGAGGAGGCGGAGAGAGACGUGAGCGAGGGAAGGAAGGGGGAAGCGGGUCAUGAGGCUGCUGGCCACCACGGCCAACCCGACCGCCACCACCACCACCACCGCCACCACCAGCAACAAGUGCAGUCGGCACUGGUGGCGGCUCUAGCAGCGGCUGAUGCAGAUCUCCAGCGCUCCGCCGCAGCAAAACCCUUUGACGAACCUGGUACGGCAGGCUGCACCCCAGUUCAAGCCACCGCAGAUGUGAAGGCGGAACCCGCAGACGACGGCAACAACAGGGACAGUGUCGCCGGUUUCAACAGGGGCAGUGUGGGAAACGGGGACAGUGCUGGGACCGCCCGCUGCGGUGCCGGGGACGGUGUGGGGCUGCUGGGGGCGCUGGCUGAAGCAGCUGCGGCGGCAGCAUGGGAAGCGGGCUCCACCGCAGUUGUAGCUGUGGUGGACUGGACGUCAGAGGUAGCGGCAGGGGCGGCAGGGGCGGCGGCGGCAGGGGAGGCGGCUGCAGCAAGAGACGCAGGGCAGGCUGCUGAUGCAGGAGGGGUGCCGCUCGGUAGGUUGUGGGUGGCCAGCGUGGGUAACAGCCCCGCCCUGCUGUGCCUGCCGCAACACGGACAACAAGGACAAGGACAGCAGGCUUCUGCUGCUGCUGAUAAUGAUGAUGCUCGUUUAUCAUUGGCUGGUAGCAAUGGCGGCAGCAGGGCCGGAGGGAGCAGGGCGCAAGAGGGUCGCAGCAGCACCGGCAAAAGCACGGACAGUGGUAGCUGCAUCAGCAGCGGCAGCGGCGCAGCAGGCCGACUGGUGGCUAACGUGCUCAGCCGGAUUCAUGAAUUGGACGAUGAGGGGGAGAGACGGCGAGUGGAGGCGGCGGGCGGGAGGGUGGAGGAACCGUCGAGGCCAG